UAUAUUUUUGGAUUGGUUCGCGGUCCCACUGAGUUUACAUCUUGGCGCAUCAUGGGUGGCGCAUCAAAAACCAAAACACAAUAAUAACAUGGCCGGUUUUGUAGCUGUGCACACAGGGGCUGGAAACUGCAUCGAUGAGACGAAAUACCAACGGGUGAUUAAAGAGGCUUGUAUCCGGGCCACGGACAUUCUGAGGAAUGGGGGAUCCGCCGUGGAUGCCUGCGAGGCUGCUAUAAUUCGCUUGGAGAACUGCGGCUACACGAACGCCGGCUACGGCUCCAAUCUCUGUAUGGACGGCUCUGUGCAGUGUGAUGCUGCCAUAAUGAACGGAUCUACCCUGAACUUCGGAGCUUGCACCAAUGUCAGCAAAGUGAAGAAUCCCAUUCAGCUGGCUCGACAGAUUUGUGAGGCACAGUCGAAUCCCCAGCUCCUGGAACGCAUACCGCCCAUGGUAUUAGCUGGCACCGGAGCGGAGCGCUAUGCCGACGAAGUGGGAUGUUCAAUGGUGGCUGAUAGUAGCUUAAUGAUCUCAUCGAAGGCGAAAUUCCAGUUCAAUCAUUACAAGAGUAAAUACGAUCUGGUUGUGGGCAGCAGAAACAACAAGGCCGCCUCCGAGGAGCCCGUCCCUGUGCCCGAGGCGAGCAACGAAGUGGAACUCGCAGCAUCGCUGGACACCGUGGGGGCUGUGUGCGUCGAUGGCGCCGGCAACACUGCAGCGGGCUGCAGCUCCGGCGGAAUACUGCUGAAAGUGCCAGGGCGGGUGGGCCAGGCGGCAACCUAUGGCGCUGGCUGCUGGGCCACCGACACAGACGAUCUGGCGAUAGCGACCUGCACGACCGGCAACGGGGAGUACCUGAUGAAGACGCUGCUGGCCCGAGAGAUAUGCAACGGGGCCUUCACCAGCGACUGCGCUGUGACGAGUCUGCACAAAACGUUCACCCAAAAGUUUCUCGACUCUCCGCUGCUGCCACAGCAGCAGGAUCUCUAUGCCGGCGCCUUGACAUUGCUCUACUAUCCGAAGCAGAGCAGCGGCGAGGUGAUGUGGAGCCAUACGACGCAAUCGUUUUGCGUUGGCUACAUGGCGACAACGCAGAAAGUGCCAAAGUUUGUACACUCGCCACUGCCCACAUACAGCGUCCCGGGCCGAUCAUGCGUCGUCAAUGGCCAUAAUUUCCAUUUGCGCAUUUAAAUUGGGUCUGGCCAGCCGCCUCAGUGUCUCUGCCGGCCCCAUAUCAUCCUACCCGCCGUUCAGUGUCAGCUCUGCGGGAUUCUGCAAUUCAUUUGAUUUAAUGUUUAAUUGCCGCGACAAUCGCUGCCAAUGCAAAAGUGGUGCAGCAGCAGCUUUGCCUUUGUCACUAUAAAAUAUUAAGAAUAAUU